AUGGCCACAGCAGUGGCGCCGCCAGUCACACAGAACUCAGCAGGAUCUCAAGGGCCAACAGCAAUGGUCUUCAUGAACAUGGGCGGCCCGUCGACGACCGAUGAAGUCGGUGACUUCCUAAGCAGACUUUUCGCGGAUGGGGAUCUCAUACCACUUGGAAGAUUGCAACCCUAUCUUGGACCCCUGAUCUCAGCGAGGCGCACCCCGAAGAUACAGAAACAGUACGCAGACAUCGGCGGCGGUUCCCCUAUUCGCAAGUGGUCGGAACAUCAGUGCGAAGAGAUGUGCAAAAUAUUGGACCAAACGAACCCAGAGACGGCGCCGCACAAGCCAUACGUGAUGUUUCGUUACGCAAAUCCGCUCACCGAAGACGUCUAUACGAAAAUGCUCAAGGAUGGCUUUGGACAAGGCAAGGGAGGUCGAGCAGUUGCAUUUACACAAUACCCUCAGUACUCUUGCUCAACUACGGGCAGUUCGCUGAACGAACUGUGGAAGUGGAGGACGCGGCUGGAAGGCAAGCGGGCCACAGGCGAGGAGCAGACCGAGGGAACGAUCAGUUGGAGCGUGAUCGAUCGUUGGCCGACUCAUCCAGGUCUCGUCGAAGCUUUCGCGCGAAACAUCGAGGCGAGGCUUGCGGAGUACCCAGAGAAUGAGAGAAAGGACGCAGUCAUCCUCUUCUCAGCCCACAGCCUCCCAAUGAGUGUGGUCAACCGAGGCGAUCCAUAUCCUGCCGAAGUUGCCGCUACAGUCUACGCCGUCAUGAACAGAUUGAACUUCUCGAACCCUUACAGGCUGUGUUGGCAAUCGCAAGUCGGCCCAUCGGCUUGGCUAGGCGCUCAAACCAGCGACACAGUGAAGCACUACGUCGAAAGAGGCCAGACCAACCUUGUCCUUGUCCCUAUCGCGUUCACGAGCGACCAUAUCGAGACACUGUACGAGAUCGAUCUCGAGGUCAUGCACGAAGACGCGAAGGGCCAUCCCGGCGUGAAACGGGCUGAGAGCCUCAACGGCAGUCCGGUCUUCAUUAAGGCUCUUGCUGAUAUUGCGGGAGCCCAUCUCCGCAGUGGUGACAGCUGUUCGAAGCAAAUGGGUCUGAGAUGUCAAGGAUGCAAAAGCGAGCGGUGUUUAGAAUCGAAAAAGUUCUUUGCGGGACAGUCCAGCUUACCAGGCUUACUGCCUGCCAUCAGAUAG